AACAUACUUGCCAGCUGUAAAGUGUCAGUUUAUUGUCUCUAGUGGUGCAAAUAAUUUUUUUGUUAUAAAUGUUAACUCACACACUUUUGUUUGUUUUAAUUUAAUUGUAAAGUAGUUUUAAGGUAAAAAGAUUAAUUAAGAAAAACCAAAAAAAAAACUCGACCAAUCAUGAACAGCAUGGGAUGGGCGUUAAUUUUUAAAAAAGGCUGCUGGUGUACUCGAGAAUCUAUAAUAAUCAACGGUACCAAAUACAUUAUUAAAGAGCGAAUAGCGCAGGGUGGAUUCAGUAACAUUGACUUGGGUGAAAACACCUUAACUAGGAAAUCCUAUGCAAUAAAACGAAUAACAUGUCACAGCAUCGAAGAUCAAAAUAUUGCCUUGCGAGAAAUCGAACACUGCCGUCAAGUGGACUCUGAGAAUGUGAUUAAAGUCAUUGACUACCAAUUAAAAGGUUCAGCGGAUAUUGUUAUAAAUACUACGAGUCAGCUCAACAUAGUUCUACCGUACUAUAAACAUGGCUCGUUAGGAGAUCAUCUCACUAUGCGUGCGAAGCGCGAAGAUCACAUGCCAGAAGCACAGAUAUUGCAGAUAUUCUUGGGCAUUUGUGAUGGGGUGAAGGCGUUGCAUGAAGCCAAACCACAGCCAUUGGCACAUAGAGACUUAAAGACGGCAAAUAUUUGUCUGUCGGACUCAUUUGAACCAAUUAUUGUUGAUUUGGGAUCGGUGACUGAAGCCAGACUGCAAGUGUGUGGUCAGUCAGAAGCACAGCGUUUGCAGGAUGAAGCUGAGGAACGAAGUUCGAUUGUUUACAGAGCGCCAGAGUUGUUUUCCGUCAAAAGCUAUUGCACUAUAGACGAAAGGACUGAUAUUUGGAGUCUCGGAUGUGUCUUGUAUGCUAUGUGCUUUUUCCAUUGUCCAUUCGAUCCCAUAUAUGAAAAAGGCGAUAGUGUAGCUUUAGCCGUGCUCAGUGGGAACAUUAACAUUCCAGAAAACUCCAUUUAUUCCCAGGAUAUGCAUGAAUUAAUUGAAUACAUGUUGCGUUUGGAUCCAAUGGAACGACCAUUCAUCUAUAGUGUCAUUGAAAAGACGCAUGAUCUGAUAGCAAAGCUCGAGGGCAGAGUUUAGAAUAGUAUACUUUACCUAAAUGUCAUGAGUGUUCCAAGUGCAACAUACUUUAUAAAAUAUUCUUUUUUUAUAUAUAAUUUUGUUGUUUUAUAUACUGAUUUAAAUUAAAAACAAAUUUCUUAACUAA